AUGCCGAUUGGAGAUUUGUUAGCCCAAAUCAGCGGCGGCGACAAGUCAGCCGCUGCGGCAGCCGCAGUACUCAAAAGGACAAACUCGAUUCCAAGUAAACGCAAACCUGACGACGAUCUACGCGGCGAUGCCUUGAAAACCCCUCGUCGAACGACACCACCUGGGGUGACUGGGCAAGCACCACGGCCAGGUACCAAUAAGUCAACUCCUCUUCAGCGACCAUAUACCGGCAGCUCCCGACCUGGCAACACACCUGCCAGCAAUGUGAGUUCCACACCGAAAACAUCGAAACCAGGACUCGCAAGUCGACCUGCUCCGGCGCCUGCCCCUGCACCACCAAAAGCGCCGCCAAAGAAGGGAUCAUUUGCCGAGAUUUUGGCUCGUGGACAAAGGGCCCAAGCCGCGAUGGGCCAAGUCGGCAAAAUCCAACACAAGAAGGUCGAGAAAGGCACUAUAAAGAAGACCCGAGACGAACCACCAGCUGUAGCGCCGUCGAAAUCACGAAAUCCAGUCGCAUACACGGGAACAUCAAAACCUGGCCAGCGGAACGGCAUAAACGGACACAGGCCGCCAAUGAAGAACUCGAAAGAUCCCCGUGGAGGUGCUGGUGCCCGACCACCCGCAGGUCGUGGCAAAGUAGCCGCUUCCACGGCAGCAGCAGCAGAGGAAGAGGCAGCCAAGAAGAUUAAAAAGGCAGCACAAGCCACGACAGGUUACACAGGAACGGCGAGACCGAAGCCAGGAAACCCAGUCCGGAAGGACGCACCUCGCGGUGGAGCGUUGCUCAACGCCCCUCGGCACAGCACAUCCAAGAACUCCCGCUACGAGGACGAUUACGACGAAGAGCUGGACGAUUUCAUCGAGUAUGACGACGAGGAAGACGAAGGCGGUCGCGGUCCCCGGUACGACUACGAUUCAGAAGGAUCUUCGGACAUGGAAGCCGGACUGGAUGAACUUGAUCAAGAAGAGCGCCGGGCUGAGUUUAUUGGCCGCAGGGAAGAUCAAGAGGAAGAACGCAUAGAGAAGAGUCUCAAGGCCGCCAAGGAAGAUCGCAAGCGCAAGGCGUUCGAAGCGUUACGCGCAAGGAGACGUUAG